AUGAGGAUGUGGAAACCGCCAUUUGAGCACAUUGAUCCUAUCACCAAGUUAACAGGUGCCGCGAUAUCAAGCAGCCUCUUGAAGCAACAUCUGUCCAUAAAGCAGAGUGAACUCUUGUCUGAGGCUCUUUCGUGGACGAUUCUGCCGGCCAUCCACCAUUACUGGGGAAGUUCAAGGGCUCGCAACGGCUCAAGGGCAACAUUACCAGGAUCAGUAGAGCAUACACCUGCAUCCGGUGCAUCCUUGUGGGCAGUUGCUCUGGCAGUGUCUUCCGCGUCUGUCUAUCAAGCAGAGUAUGGAAUCAUUGCUUUCUUUCCAGCAUUGAGUCCAUUGUUGGCUGCAGUGCAAACGUACACCGAACAUGUUGGGAUUCAUGCGGGGGUAAGAUCUGCGCCAGGCCAAGACAGAGUGUGGGUCUCGGCUUUUAUUGCUGUGCUCUGUAUAAUCACACUGGCCAGCUGGGAUCUCCGAGCCAGUGCGCUGUCGGGGAUUCCAGUGGUGGGACUGCUGGUCGUUUACCUCGGUUUGACGCGGCCGCACAAGUCUGGCAAGCGCGCUUCACACCGUAGACCCGUUGCUACAGGGUAUAUCAUACGACCGCUGUCAUUUCGAGUGGUGGUCACUCUGUUCGCUGUACUCGGCGUGGAAAUUGCGGUGUUCGGGCCUCCAAAGACCCCUGUUGGGGGCACCAUCUCGCUAGGUGUUGCUAAAUCGUUGAUGUGGUAUUUCCUCCUGCAGAUAGCUGAGCAUUGUUCCUGGUCAGUGACUGCGGCCAUAGGGACAUUUAGCAUUGUGGCCACCAGGAAUCCAUUCACCUUGACCUCGAAUAUUCAGGCAUUGUCCCAUCUUAUCGCAUCAUUGUUUGCCCUAUGGCAGGUUAUCUCCCUUCUACCGGAUAAGGCCAAAUCCAGAUCUGCCCUCUGGAUAUGCAUUAUCGUCUAUUUAGUCCCAUACCUGAUCAACAAUUACUCCAUCCACGUUGCAAACACCUCAGUGAUACAGUCCUCCACGCAUCCGAUCGACCUAUUCAUUCAAGAUGCCAAGGCCAAUUUUCAAUCCUUGCUCGAAAGACAGUCUAACAGUUAUACCGCAGCCUGUGAGGAAUACCGCCGCCGCUACGGCAUCGAACCACCUCCGGGCUUUGAAAAUUGGUAUAAUUUCGCCAAAGCACAUCAAUCAGUGGUCAUCGAUGACUUCGACAUCAUUUAUGAUAGAAUCUCCCCAUUCUGGAGUAUCAGCGGGACCGAGGUUACUGAAGCCAUCGACCGUUUACAACAUACGCCAAACAGUGAUGGAUGGGUUUGUAUGUUCUCGGCUGAGGAAGCCAGAACGAAUUGCAACCAUCCUCACCGCAGCGUCGAUAGAAAUAUCCAAGGAUUUCUUAACGCAGUACUGACAGAUCUGCGCGGCCUUCUACCGGAUGUCAAAUUUCUUGUCAACCACCUUGAUGAGCCCAGGGUACUGCUACCGCCAUCCUCUGAGAGGUCAGGAUCACUUCACAUGACAAACUAUUCCAAGAGACCCGUCUGGGAUACAUUGGUCAGGUCCUGUCCUUCACAGGGCAGCAUGGAUGCUGACAGACCGACGGUUGAAGCGUUUGGUCUCCCGUUUCUGACCGACCGUCGCUCGACAACAGAUAUAUGCAGCCAUCCGGAGUACCGUGGAUCACACGGACUCUUGCUCAGCCCUACAUCAUUUCCCUUAAUCGAAGGCUUGGUUCCUAUACUCUCCACCGGCUCGGUGUCGACCAUGGGAGACAUCUUGUAUCCCAGCCCUGCCUAUCUUGAGCCGGAAUUUGAAUAUGUAGAGGCCAAGGACAUCAGCUGGGACUCCAAACACAACAAUCUCUACUGGGCCGGCUCGACCACCGGUGGCUUUGCGGUGAAUGAUGAUUGGCAAAGCUUCCACCGACAGCGAUUUGUCAAGCUGGCUCAAAACCUAGGAAACGGACACCAUUUUUAUCUUCGGGAAGGCAAAGGCGUGGUCAACCUAGUGAAAUCGUCCUUCCUCAACAGCAAACUAUUCGACGUUGCCUUUACCAGAAUUCUCCAAUGCGAGACACGCUAUUGCCGAGACCAAGAAGCCCUCUUUCGAACCAAAUCAUGGGCAGACAAGGACGAGGCCUUGCAGUCGCGUCUGGUGUUUGACAUCGACGGCAAUGGUAUCAGUGGCCGGUACUACAAACUGCUUGCGUCGAAGUCUGCGCCGCUCAAACAGACACUGCUGCGAGAAUGGCACGACGACCGUCUGCUGCCGUGGGUUCAUUACAUUCCCGUCAGUCAGAGCAUGGAGGAGCUACCUGAAAUAGUUAUGUAUUUCACCUCUGAGGCUGGGCAGAAACGAGCCCGGGAGAUUGCGGAGAACGGGCGGGAGUGGUUCUCCAAGGCCUUUCGCAAGGAGGAUCUGACUAUCUAUAUGUAUCGGGUUUUGCUUGAGCUGGCCAGACUUCAGGAUCCGAAGAGGUCUGCAAGGAGAGCUUGA